AUGCCCCCCGUCGCCGUCCAGCUCCACAGCCUCCUCUUCAAGCUGAUCCUCCGCCGCCGCCUCUCCUCACUCUCCGCCUCCGCCUCCGCCCCAGCCUCGGCGCCGUUCGGCGUCUCCUCCCGCCCCGCCGACCAGCACCCCUCGCCGCCCUCCAACCCGUCCUUCUCCCCCGCCUCCCCCGACGGCGUCGCCACCAAGGACCUCCACCCGGACCCCCUCUCCUCCCUCCACCUCCGCCUCUUCCUCCCCAACCCCAACCACCACGCCACCGGCGGCACUGUUCCUCAUCCUCUCCGCCGGAACUCAUUCCCCCAACCCCAGCACCGCGACGCCGCCCCGGGCCAGGAGCUCCUCUCCCGCUCCCGCCGCGCCAGCGCCAGCUUCCACGGCGUCGGCGUCUCGCCCGCGCCGACCGCCCAGGCGGCGCCGCGAAACUACGGCGGGUACCUCCCGACCGCCGGCGCCACGCGGUCCGCCUCGAGGAGGAAGCUGCCAGUGAUCGUGCAGUUCCACGGUGGCGCCUUCGUGACCGGCGCGGCGGACAGCGCUGCCAACGACGCCUUCUGCCGCCGCGUCGCGCGCCUCUGCGACGCCAUCGUGGUGGCGGUCGGGUACCGCCUCGCGCCCGAGAGCAGGUACCCCGCGGCUUUCGAGGACGGGGUCGCCGUGCUGCGAUGGAUCGCCAAGCAGGCCAACCUUGCCGCGUGCGGGCGGACGAUGAUGGGCAAGGGGACCGGAGCUGAUUCAUUCGGUGCCGCGAUGGUCGAACCGUGGCUCGCCGCGCACGCUGAUCCGUCCAGGUGUGUUCUUCUUGGGGUUAGUUGUGGAGCUAAUAUUGCUGACUAUGUGGCCCAAAAAGCUGUUGAGUCUGGGAAACUUCUGGACCCUGUGAGAGUUGUUGCACAAGUUCUGAUGUAUCCAUUUUUCAUGGGAAGUGCACCCACUCAUUCAGAACUGAAGUUGGCGAACUCCUAUUUCUAUGACAAGUCAUCAUGCUUACUGGCCUGGAAACUCUUCUUGCCUGAAGGCGAAUUCAGCUUGGACCAUCCAGCUGUGAACCCUCUUGCACCUCGACGAAGCCCUCCGUUGAAGCUUAUGCCUCCAACCCUAACAGUUGUUGCAGAGCUCGACUGGAUGAAGGAUCGCGCAAUUGCGUACUCGGAGGAGCUCCGCAAGGUAAAUGUGGACGCCCCUGUUCUUGAGUACAAGGAUGCAGUCCAUGAGUUUGCCACGUUAGACGUCCUGCUGAAGACGCCACAGGCUCAGGCUUGCGCUGAAGAUAUUGCAAUCUGGGUUAAGAAGUACAUAUCACUGCGUGGCCAUGAAUUGUCUUAUUGA